AUAUCGGUGCCAUCACAAAUCAUGCCAGACAAAUCAUCAGUACAAGACAAACCAUCAGUAACGCCAAGGAUAGGCAGCGGUGAUGGGAGUCCAACUUACAGAAGAAAAACAAAGAAUUCAUUCCAGAAAGAGCUAGAAAAUUCAUUGAAAGACAGAAAGAAACGAGGUCUGAGUGCUGGAUUUAGUGAUCUUGAUAUCAGUGAUGAUAGUGAUGAUGGCAUCGGUAGUGAGGACGAGUUGUUGGCACAGUUUAAUCAGACUUCAAAAGAGAGGAAAGAUAGACCAGGAUCGGCUAAAUACAGAGGGGGACCUUUGAUGCAGACCAUGAAGCAGCCACAAAAGGAAUGGCAACCACCUUCAUUUGGAGCCAAAGACACCAAGGACGAAAAAGAUACAAAAUACAAGAAACCAGAUGAGGCAGUUUCAACUAAAAAAGUGUCGCCAAAGCCUUCCCCUAGGUCUCUGAGGAAAGAAGAUUCAACACCCACACCAAGUCCAAGAAGUCAGCGACGAAUAGAUGAUGAAAAACCCAAAACGAAAACUAGGUUACCAUCACCUGAUCAGAAGAGAAGUCCAAGGUCAUUUUCGUCGGAGACCCGGGGUCAAAGGUCAUUUUCACCAAAUGAGAAGAGUCCAAGAUUAUUUACAUCAGAGGAGAAGCGGGAUCAAAGGUCAUUUUCACCAGGAGAGAAAAAGGGCCAAAGGUCAUUUUCACCAGACGAGAAGAAAAGCCAAAGGUCAUUUUCACCGGAUGAGAAGAAAAGCCAAUCAUCAUUUUUACUAGAUGAGAAACCUCGUGAAAGGUCAUUGUCACCUGAUGAGAAGAGAGGCAAUAAAUCAACAUCUCCAGCUGACAAAAGUAGAUCUACCGGUAUACUGGAUUUAUUGGGAGAUGGGAGCAGGUCAUCUCCAGUACCAAAACCCCGCUCCAGAGGCACACCUCAACAAUCGCCUAGAACUAAAACAGAUACACCAUUAGAAUCUGGGAAGCAAGCAGCAACAAAAGAUUUGUUUGGAAAAAAAAAAUCCUCACCUGAACUCAGACGAAAAACAGCAGGAGAUAUGAACACACAUGGACGCACGAGUCCACUGCGAAGAGAAGGAUCUCCUGGUAGACAGGAAGAUGAACCAACAAUAAUAAAACCUAAACGAGGGUUACAGAGUGAUAGCAGUUGGUCACCACCAUCUAGAAGAAAAGAGAGAUUACCAUCAACAAGUGGUGAUGAAUCAGAAGAUGAAGAGGUUAGAAGUAUAUCCAGAAAAGCAAAAGAAAAAGAUUAUAAAGAGAAAAAGAAAACAAAAGGCAGUACUUUGUUUGGAUUAUCCUCCGACGAGGACACAUUUGGAAGAAGGGAGAGGUCACAUGACAGGAGAUCACCUGAUAGAAGAUCACCUGAUAGAUCAUAUGACAGAUCGCCUGAUAGAUUACAUGACAGGAGAUCACCUGACAAAUCACAUGACAGGAGAUCACCUGAUAGAUCACAUGACAGGAGAUCCCCUGAUAGAUCACAUGACAGGAGAUCACCUGAUAGAAGAAGUCCUAUCAGCAAAACUGAAAUGAGGUCACAAUCAAAUCGCUCACCAUCACCAACAACGUUAAGAUUCAAAGAUGAAUUGGAGGAAGUGGGAUCAAAGAGACCCCCUAGUGGUAGAAAGCAAAAGAGUGUUGAUAUUAAUAAUUCUACUAGAAGAAUGAGAUACAUUACUACUGAUAGCGAUGAGGAAAAAGAAUUUAGGAAUGCUCGGGAAAAACCAAGCCCUGCUAGAUCAAGGACACCAAGACGUGUUAUAGAACCUAAGAUCCGUACCAGGCCGUUAUCAGCGAGUGGUCGUUUAUCACAAUCAUUGUCAGCCAGAUCCAGUAUCUCCGAUCUAUCAGCUAGAUCUGAGUGUUUUGAAGAUUCCACUUCUAUCAGGAAUGCUAUUUAUGAAGACUGGUAUUAUACGAAGAUGAAGCAAACUAAAGAGAACUUAAAGAAAAAGAAACAGGCUGAAGAGGAGGAAAAUAAAAAGAAACAGCUGGAAAAAAAAGACAAAGAAAUUGAAGCUGAGCUAUCUUAUCGAUGCUGGAAAGAAAAGAAAGACGAACAAUUGAAGAAACAGGCCAGAAAAGAAGCUAAAAAGAAAGAGAUGGAAAGAGAGAAACAGAUAGAAGAGAAAUCUGAUAAAAAAUCAAUAUCAGAAAAGACAUACGUUUCAUGGAAAUCGACUAAAGAUGAAGAUCUCAAAGAGAAACAGAGAAAGAAGAAACGGGAAGAAGAAAAGAAACGCAUUAAAUUACAAGAAGAACAGAAUGAAAAACAGAAACUAUCGAAGAGUUGUUUUAAAAAAUGGAAUUCUAAUAAAGAAGUUGAACUUCAAAAAAAGGAAGAAGAGAAAAAGCAACAGGAAAAAGAGAACAAGAGGAAAGCACAGCAGGAAAAGAAGAAGAAAGAGGAGGAGAGUUUGAAGGCAUAUGACAAGUGGCAACAACAGAAAGAAAAGCAGCAAGAAAUAGAAAAGAAUACUAUUAGGACUCCUGUAGCGACUGUACCAUUCAAACCUAGUGGUAGAACUGUACCAUUUGGAAAGUAAUACAGCACUUAUCUUGUGCUAUAUAGAGCUUGUAGCUUUAAUAUGAUUCUAAUGGUACUAUGAGAUUACUAUAUAUAUACAGGGAAGAAGUAAAGCAGGGUACCAUGGGAGAUAGCCAUAUAACUAUAAAGAAGUUGUGAGGCAUGGUACUAUGGGAUUGCCAUAUAACUAUAGGGAAGAAGUAAA